AUGUAUUCUAUUUUACUCUUGUUAUUGGUUUCAACGUCCAAAAUUUUCUGUGAAAAAUUUCAUUUACUUCACCAAAAUUAUUACGACAUUGAUGAAUCUGAGGAAAUAUUCAAACAGUUUCUUGAAUAUUUUGAUAAAUUUUACGACAAAUCUGAAUACAGAAAGCGAUUAAAUGUGCUGAAAGAUAAUUUAUUAAAAAUAAACCAGUGGAAUAAAGAAGAAAAUAGAAAGUAUACUUUGAACGAGUUCGCUGAUUUGACUGAGGACGAGUUUUCUCAAACAUACCUUGGGCUUAAUGAAAUUAUAAGCUCGCGUACUGGUGUUGAUGUAAUAGAAUACGAAUCCAAAGGUGGAGCUCCUGAAAAUUUGGAUUGGAGACGAUUUGGUUACGUUUCGUCUGUAAAGCACCAAUCACAAUUUCAUCGGUGUGGAUCAUGCUAUGCGUUUAGUGCUGUUGGGCAUAUUGAAAGUCGUCACGCUAUGAAGCACAACAUUACAGCUAUUAAUCUGUCUGCACAACAGGCUCUCGACUGCGAUUAUUUAGAUCUCGGCUGUGACGGAGGAGACCCUGUACACGUUUUUGAAACGCUUUCUGAACAAGGUGGUUCGAUGAGAGAUAAAGAUUAUCCGUAUGUAAGCGUACAAGGUAAAUGUAAAACUGAUAAAGAAGAAAUUGAAGUUAAAGUUAACGGUGGUACACAGUUAAUGCUGAAAGACGAGGACGCCAUGAAAGACGCAGUUGCGCAUUUGGGACCAUUAUCAGUUGCUAUAAGGUUUACUCAUAAAAUGGCCGCAAAGGUUACUCAUGAGAUCUAUGAUGGAGCCUAUUGUGAAACUAGUAGAACAAACAAUCUCAAUCAUGCAGUGAUAGUAGUAGGAUAUGGAAGAGAGAACAAUAAAGAUUACUGGAUUAUUAAGAACUCUUGGGGUGAGAAAUGGGGUGAUCAUGGCUACCUGCGCCUGAUCAGAGGAGUUGGUGCGUGUGGUAUUGGCAAUGUUGCUUUUUUGGCUGAUGUUGAAUAA